AUGGUGAACGAUCGUAUCUUUGCGGCAGUACUACCUCCGGUGGUGAUCCUGUCUGCAGUACUCAGCGCAAUCACCACAUGGCUGGUCUUCAUAUGGAAAGAAAAACGCCAAGUCAUCGCACCGCAAGACGUCAAUCUCGCUGAAAGGGCCGGUGUUCCUGACGUUCCAGGAGCGUUACAACAGCCAUAUUUGAAUGCUACGGCUGUCAGCAACAACAACUCAGUUUCUGUCUCUGCCACUGCUCACGAAUCGUCCGCGAUCCGAAACCGCUCGGUUGCUUUCCCACCGACGUACGCUGAUAACUGGACGCCCCAACCAAAAGAGUACUCCCGCAGAGAGUUCAACCUGAUUCAAGACUUCAAAUCAUCUUACAUCCUGACCCGAUUCAAUGACUUACCAACAUUUCCUGGAAAUCUCUGCCCCCUUCAACCCCCUUGGAUUUCCAAGCCCUCCUCGACACCCACUCAUACCCAUACACCGCCGACGAACUCACUCAACUCCAACACCUCGAAUCCCGACUUCAAGACCCCCACUCAAGAAAAUCGUGAUUACGCAUUGAGAGCUCUCCUCUCCUGGAUCAUAUGCACAAAAAUCUCCCUCCACGCCUCGCCAUCAUGGAGUCUUCUCUCCCCCGCACUGGUCAGAACAGCACAUGCAGUCGACGGUAAUGAAUUCGACGAGUUCCGGUGCUGGGCGUGGGAGAAGACGAGAGUGUAUUUAAGCUUCCUGUCGUGCAAAGAGCCUGUGCGUGUGCACGAAUCUUUGAUUGAUGAUCUAGGAGAACCGGCGAUUAAUCCUGGUGCUGGGGAGAGACUUGUUUCCCUGGUGAGAGAUCUCCUACAACCAUUUGUUGAGAUGGAUGAUGGUGAGUUGGAGCGAUGCGUGGGUAUUGCUGCCGUGCUUGGGUUUGGCAUGCAGCGAGAUCUUCGGCCGUGGAAAGUCGGUUUCUCGCAGAGAUAUAGCGGGGGAAAGGCUCGAUUGGAUGAUGAGGGUGUGGUGAGAGAGCGUACGCUUGCGCCGUUCUCGGUUCUGGUGGAUGAUGAUGAAGCUGAAGAUUUCGUUGCUGACGGACAAGUGUGA